CACACAUGAAUAUUCCCAUCUAAUCCCAUUUCAUCGACAUCUUCUUGACGCAUUAUAUCCAAAAUUUAACACUGAAACCGGACUGGCUAAGUCUUUUCAUCUUCUAUAUUUGAUCAACUUCCAGCACAAAGCUGUAUCUCCAAUGCCAGGAGCCAUCCAAGUUUCAGUUCUACACUUUGAAGCUGAUCAGUCAUCAUCACCAACUUCAGAGACAUCUAUAAAAGUUUCUAUGGGGAAAAAAGCAUAUCAAACUGGGGACAAGGGAGACUUCUCCUUCCCAUUAACGACCCUCCAUGAUAAUUUGAUUAUUACACUUCUAGAUGCUGAGGGAAAUGAGAUGUCACAAACAGAUGUUGAGACCAGGUUAAUAGUCCAGAAAGGUAUUUGGGAUGAGAUAUUUCUUUUUGAACAAGGUGGGCACGUGCAUAUGAAGUUGCAAUUUGUUCUCAGUGAAGAAGAGCGCAAUAGAAUCCGUAUUAUGAGAGAGACUGCAUUAAAGAAGAAACACCAAAAGCUUGUCAAUAACAGUCACCGGAAUCCAGAAAAUGCUACUUCUGUUGAUUCACAAAGAAGCCAAAACAAAAUGGUAAAUGAAGAAACGGGUUCAGCAUCAAUCCCUGUUAGCUUUUUCAAGAACAUAAAGUUUGAUAUGGAAGAAAAAGAAGGCGAGCCUCCUACUCUGAAGCAGAUGAUUCCAAAUGAUACAGAUCGAAAAGAGAGGAAUCCGUUAGAUGUAACUAAAAGUGGUUUAGCUGAGAAGAUUAGUCAGCUUGCUUCUCCUGUUGUUUCCGGGACAUCUAGCAUGUCGAAACUAUCUUCUUUGUCCAGACAAUUAGAACCUACCUUGCUACUGAAGGACAAAGCAGCUCCUUCUAAGCAAGCUGCUGAAGAGGCCAACAAGUUGAAGCAGCAAAACCCACUAGAGAAAACACCUACUAAUGUGAGGAAAGUAAUAAAUGCCUUAGAAACUAGUCUAACACAGGAUAUAAAACCUAAUAGUAAAUCAUCGUGGAUGAAACCUCAACCAAGCAGUAUCGGGAUGGAUUCUUCUUUCAAAAGCUCUCUGAUUAAUGAAAUGAAGAAAGGUAAGGAUAAAUCAGUUGCAGGAAAGACAAUAAAGCUUUCUCUUACCGAGGAGUUACGGCAAACACCAACAGAAAAAAGGAAACAAAUUGGUCUCAAUAAACCCUCACAUACAUCUGCAUCAUCUCAUAACUCUAGCAACGUGAAGGAGUUAUCUCCAGAAAAAACAGAAAAUUCAAAAACAGAUGCUGACUUGAAGAAUAAAUUCAAAGUAUUACAGAAAGAAGUUGACGUAAAACAGGUCCAUAUCCGGGGAGCUUCAAGUAAUAAAUUGAAACACCGGGCAUGUCAGGAUGGUAAAUAUUAUACUUCUGAAAGCUCUGGUCUCUGGGUAUUUCCAGAUGAAGGGAAGCCCUUGUGUAUAACAGCUGGUGGCAAGAGAGUGAUGGAUCUAAUGGGAAGUUGGUGGAUUCAAUCAAAUAUAAAUCAACAAGAAACUUCUGCACCAGAAACAAUUGGAGAGAAUCAUGUUUGUCGUGAUACUGUAAAUGACGGUGGGAAGCCAUCCCGGAACGCUGAGAGUUUAGCUGAUGUUGAAAGCACCAGAGGAGCAAUUGGACAGGUGAUUCGAGCUGCAAUCACGGUGGGUUUUGCAGCACUUGUUCUCCUCACUAGAGAACAAAAAAACAGAUAACUAAGGUGGUUUUAGGAUGCACAAUCUGGAAAUAACUCCAUGUUGAAGACAAUAAUUGAUGUAAUGGAUCUGUAACUAUGAACCAAUUACUCACUUCACACUCGUUAUCACAUAACAAAAAUAAAACAUGGCCUGUGUAACUGCAAUGGGCUUAUAUCA